CCUCAAUGGUCCAGAAAAUUUUACUUGACUCUUCUAAGAAUAUCUUAUUAGUUUAUCUCUAGUAACGCCACCUUAAAAGCCGAUGCUGCUUCUGAGCCAACUUCUCAUCACAACACUGAGAAGUGGAAAUUCAAAUAAAGAUGGAUGAUUAUGAAACCCCUCUUUUGUCCAAGGACUCAUCAUCAUCAUCAUCUGUGAUUACUUCAUCUUUGAAAUGGAUAUUGAAAGUUGUAAUGUCUAUGAUUUUUGUGACUUGGGUUGUUUUUCUUAUGAUGAUGUACCCUGAACAACUCGGUGAUGAUUUCCUCACAUUUGUCUCCUCCAAGACUUUCCUAGGCACCACAGGAACCAUGUUCUUGAUUUUCAGUUGUCCGAUUCUUGUCAUCUCUGUCUUAGCUUCUCUCUAUCUCAUUAUCUCCGGGGAAGACAAGGUCUUCACUAAGAAGAAGAUAUCGAAAUUCCCGAGGUUUAGGCUAUGGACAUUCCCUGUUCUUGUGGAUGGACCAUUUGGAGUUGUUUCUGCAGCUGAGUUUCUUGGAAUUAUGGUCUUCUCUGUUUUUUUCCUUUGGUCUAUCUAUGCUUAUACCUUGAGGAAUCUUGACCUUCUUGAACGCUUCCACGUCCUUCCCAAGAAUCGAAGUAUUCUUCUGUUGGAGGUAACGGGUCUGCGUUUAGGAAUGAUUGGAUUGUUGUGUAUGGUUUUUUUGUUUCUUCCAAUCUCGAGAGGUUCCAUUCUUCUCCGUCUUAUCGAUAUCCCUUUUGAACAUGCUACAAGAUAUCAUGUUUGGCUUGGUCAUAUCACCAUGGCUUUCUUCUCCUUACAUGGCCUCUGUUAUGUUGUUGGAUGGAUCAUUCAAGGUCAACUUUUAGAGCUUAUAUUUUCAUGGAAUGCUAUCGGAAUUGCUAUCUUACCCGGAGUUAUCAGUCUAGUGGCGGGUUUACUGAUGUGGGUCACAUCGCUUCACACCGUGAGAAAGAAUUACUUUGAGCUCUUCUUCUACACACAUCAACUAUACAUCGUCUUUAUUGUGUUCUUGGCACUUCAUGUUGGUGAUUACAUGUUUAGUAUAGUUGCUGGAGGAAUAUUUCUUUUCAUUCUAGACCGCUUCUUGAGGUUCUGCCAAUCAAGAAGGACUGUUGAUGUAAUCUCUGCAAAGAGUUUACCUUGUGGAACUCUUGAACUAGUCCUUUCAAAACCACCAAAUAUGCGAUACAAUGCGCUUAGCUUUAUCUUUCUUCAAGUGAGGGAACUAUCUUGGCUACAAUGGCAUCCAUUUAGUGUUUCUUCAAGCCCUCUAGAUGGGAACCAUCAUGUUGCGGUUCUCAUAAAGGUUCUUGGUGGAUGGACUGCAAAGCUUAGAGACCAGUUGUCAAAUCUAUACGAGGCAGAGAACCAAGAUCAGCUCAUUUCUCCUCAGUCAUAUCCUAAAAUCACAACUUGUGUGGAGGGACCUUAUGGCCAUGAAUCUCCAUACCAUUUAGCGUAUGAGAACCUGGUCUUAGUAGCAGGAGGAAUCGGGAUUACGCCUUUUUUCGCCAUCUUAAGCGAUAUCCUACACCGUAAAAGAGAUGGGAAAGCUUGUUUACCUAGUAAGGUUUUAGUUGUAUGGGCCAUUAAAAACUCAGACGAGCUCUCUCUGCUCUCAGCAAUUGACAUACCUUCCAUUUGCCCUUUCUUCUCUAAGAAACUAAACCUUGAGAUUCACAUAUAUAUCACUCGACAAUCCGAGCCUCGCUUGGUACGUCUUAAAUAAGUCUUUUGGGAGCUGCAAUAGGCCUUACUAAGCUUGUUGAACUCUUUAAUGUUUCAUGGUUAUACAGGAAGAUGGGAUGGUUCACAAGGUGGUGCAUCCUUCUGUCAAGCUACCACGGACCAACGGAUGUUCUAUGUCGGUACUAGUUGGUACAGGGGAUAACAUAUGGUCUGGACUCUAUCUAAUUAUAUCCACCAUUGGAUUUAUUUCAAUGAUCACAUUGUUGGACAUCUUUUACAUAAAAAGAUACAACAUAACAACGUGGUGGUACAAGGGACUUCUAUUUGUUGGUUGUAUGGUUGCAAGUGUCUUGAUUUUUGGAGGUCUUGUGGUUGUUUUCUGGCAUCGCUGGGAACACAAAACCGGUGAAGUGGAAGCAAAUGGCAACGACAAGGUAGAUUUGAAUGGAGAAGAAACCCAUAAUCCAUCUGCAGCAGAGCUUAAGGGCUUGGCAAUAGAAGAAGAUGUCCAGAAUUACACCACUAUUCGUUAUGGCACCAGACCGGCCUUUAGAGAGAUAUUUGAGUCAUUGAAUGGGAAAUGGGGGAGUGUGGAUGUUGGAGUGAUAGUAUGCGGUCCAGCGACUCUUCAGACGACCGUAGCCAAAGAAAUACGGUCACAUAGCAUCUGGCGAUCGGCGAAUCAUCCUCUUUUCCACUUCAACAGCCACAGUUUCGAUCUCUAACGAUGCUUUCAAGGCCAAAGAACAUUAUGGAAGGAAAUUCGAAGACAAAUUGAUGCAUAUAUUUUAGGUAAUCUCUGUCAGUAUGUACUAUGGAAACAGCUAUGGUUGAUAUGUGUAUGUUUAUCUUUCAGUUUUCGAUGUAUAAAGUAGAAAUCAAAUGUAUGAGCAUCUAUGGUUUCUAGUUCUACACUUGUUGGUGUUUCUACAUUGGACAUUUAAUAUUAAUUAAAUGCAAGCUGAUAAGUCCUAUAAUUACAUAGCUGCCCAUAUAUUUUCGGAAUUUUUUAAAGUAGAGAUAUAUUCAUAUAUAUAUGAGGG